AUGUUACGAGCUUAUGGAAGGAGUCCUAGUCUCAUACGGCUGUUUCAGUAUGGACUUCCAAAUCAUAUCCAAAAACGAAAGUAUACCAUGGAAAUAGCUGCUAUUGUAGGUUCAAUGACAGAAUCAAUGCAGGCCCUUCAUACAAUGUCUGGAAUGCCAUGGUGGGCUCUUAUCCCUCUUACUACAUUUGGAUUAAGAUCAGUAUGGACUUUACCAUUGGCUAUACUACAAAGAAAGAGAGUAAGGAAGCAAAGUCAGCUUAGACCUAUAAUAAGUGCUAUGAAUCCAGUAUUACGUUUAAAUCUAGCCAGGAAAUCACAACUAGCAAAGAUGGCAGCAUCCGAAGCAACUGGUACUGAAGCUGUGGCUGUAAGUCAAUCUCCAUUGGCCAAUAUGAGUUAUGAACAAAUAUUAAUCUUAGCAUCAAAGGAAACUAGAAAAAGACAAAAGGCUUUAUUCAAGAAAAAUGAUGUUCAAUUAUGGAAAAAUAUGAUAUUACCAGCUUUUCAAAUACCGUUAUGGGUUGCUAUGUCUGUCUGUAUGAGAGAUCUUAGUGGUUGGACUUCAUGGGAUAAUCUCUCAAACAAAGCAUUGGAUCCAGCAUUAUAUAAGGAGGGUCUCUUAUGGUUCACUGAUCUUACAACUGCUGAUCAAUUACAUGCAUUCCCCUUGAUCCUUGGGAUUGUUGCUUUAUGUAAUGUGGAAUGGACGUUUAAAACAUUUGAAUUGCUAAGACCAAGUCAAAGAAAAAGACUUAGACCUACAUUAACAGAUGCUGUUGCUAAUAUCUCAAGAAUGGCAGUUGUAUUCUUAAUGUCUAUUUCCUUACAUGCUCCUACUGCAUUAACAUUAUAUUGGCUAAGCUCUCAAUUCUAUUCCUUAGUACAAAACAUAAUAAUGGAUAUAGUUCUUCCUGUUAGUUUCACCACAAGAAACAGAGUCAACUAUUCUAAAUCACGUAACCCGGAUGCUAUUAAUGUCAUUAACGAAAAUAAACUCGGAGUGUUUAAAGGUAAUAAUUAA